AAUCCAAAGCUGCUCUACUCCGUCGAGGGCAUCAAGGCUUACCACAUCGCAAAUGGCACCGAGCAGUCUCUAACGCCUUCAGGGCCUCAGACCCUAUCGCUGCUCAUGGUUCCGACGUCGGCUGGCUUUCUCGACACAACUGGCAUUGCCAACGGAGAACAAGACUUCUAUCUUCACCUGCAUCUGCCGCCCGAGCUCGAUCUCCCACUCCCCGCGACCACGCAAAUCUACCACCAGCCCCCCAGCAGCUACUUGAUUCCGCGAUGGGAUCUCGGCCCCGGCAACGGCGCAUUCACACGCCUAGAGUUCCCCGUUGUCGGAAGCAGGCCUGGUUUGCAGGAGGACGUCGAUACUUUUGAGACGAUUCUUGCGCAGUGCACCGCAUUUCUCGAGAGAGCACCUGCUCCUCCUCCGGAAAAGCGCAGGCCUACCGAGCCAAAGCCAUCCGACGCUGCCCGAGCAAAGGCAAGAGAAGCUGGCAGAGACGAACCACCCGCUUAUAACCCCGCCAACUUUGAUCCCGGCGAGGGUUAUGUUCAGGGCAGCCAUAGCUCGCACGUCGCGGGGCGCAUCGUGCUGGUUGACGAAGAGGAUGGCAGCGUCAUGGGAGAGCUGAGCGAUGGCUUUACCGUCGUCGAGGACAGUGCUAUUAAGCCCGGAUCCAAAGAACCCGUCGAGAUCAUUCUUCCCGCUGAUGGCAGUCACAACAUCUCCGUUCAGCCCGCCUACGACUAUAUUGAAGAUGCAAUCCACCCGGCAUACAGAAAAUCAACCAUUGUCUCGUCGGCCACAAAAGCCUCACGACUGCUCAUCACCACGUCUGACUACGUCGCAAAGGUAAUGCAGAAUCAAGCCGACAACUUCACCAAAAGCACCAAGCCCGCCGGAAAGCCCAUGACAUUUGCGCCCACAACCCACGAGCAUAUACGCCGUAUCAACCACUAUUCCACAAAGGUCGCCACCUUGUCGGCCCAGACGAUUGGUUCAAUCAACCAUUUUGCUCAGAAUUUCGGCGCUAGUAUGUCUAACCGUAAGGAUGGCCGGGCUCGAGGCUACGAUAAAGAUGGAAACGUCAUCGAGACUUACAAGCCGGGUGUGCUCAACAAGGCCUUGAUGGCCUUUAACACGGUCGUCGACGGCGCGGAGCAUGCUGGAAAGACUUUGAUUUCCGGUACGACGGCGAGCAUGUCCACAGUUGUUGGUCAUCGAUAUGGCCCAGAAGCGGGCGAGCUCUCCAGAAGCCUCGGAAGCGGGUUCAAAAACGUUGGACUCGUCUACAUUGACGUGACUGGUGUUUCUCGCCGUGCUAUUCUCAAGAGCGUCGCCAAGGGCAUGGUUGUGGGCAAGGUUAAGGGAGGCGGCCAAAUCAUUGUCGGCGGCGACAAUGGAUCCGACGCAGCUCUCGUCUCUGGAGGUAAUGGCAAUGGCAACGGC